UCACCGUCCAGCUAGAGAAUCAUCGAAGAACAGAAGGAUAGGCAUCGUCUUCUACCUCCAGCUUUGCUCGUUCUCUGCGCUUUCCUCUUCAUUCCCCAGCCCCUGUGCUCUCCCCCAUCUAUUGCUCUAUCUCAGCUCUAGACUCCCUUUCCCUUCAAUUGUAUCCCCACUGAACUUGUAUAUCUUCUGUGAGCUUGCAAUAUACAACACAGUUGGAGUGGAUUUUGGGUGUUCAUGUGUUGAUUUGUGUGCUUGAACAACCGGGAUUGUGACACAUCAGCAAGUAUCCAAGGCUCAGAGAUGGAGCAAGAAGCGCCUUCCCAAGCGGAGUCCACGACCGAGGACACGGUGACGCUCCGGCCGUUCGACCUCGCCGACGUCGACCCGAUGACGGCGUGGGCGUCGGACCCCGUGGCCACGGCCUUCGUGACUUGGGACCCCUACACGUCCCGGGAAGCCCUGCUCGCGUUCCUGCGCGACACCGUGCUGCCGCACCCCUGGUUCCGCGCCGUCUGCCUCGGCGGCGGCGCUCCCGUCGGUGCGGUGUCCGUGACGCCGACGGACGACCGGUGCCGCGCCGAGCUCGGCAUCGUGCUGGCGCGCGCGCACUGGGGCAAGGGCGUGGCCACGGCAGCGCUGAAGCGCACGGUCGCCGCGGUGUUCGGCGACCUGGAGGGCGUGGAGCGCGUGGAGGCGCUCGUCGACGUCGACAACGCGGCGUCGCAGCGCGUGCUGGACAAGGCCGGGUUCCAGCGGGAGGCCGUGCUGCGGAGCUACUGCGUGGUCAAGGGCAGGCUAAGGGACAUGGUCAUCUACAGCUUCAUCUCCACUGACCCUGUCGUCGAGUGAUCAUCCAGAUUUUUGAAAGAUCUGCCUAUUUUAUAUUGAAUAAGAAGGAGAGGCUAAGACCGACCAAAGAUGCAUGUAUAGGUUAAUAAUAAUUGCAUGUAUCAGAUUUGAUAACAUGAAUGCAUAAUUCAAAGUUGCCAAGAACACAAAUCGCAUUGCUGAUUGCAAAGCUGCAAGAAAUUCAGCUUUCGAUUACAGAAUAGGUAACACAAAGGUUGGGGCCAAAAAUCAGUAGGCAAUGUAAAGAUGCAAAUAAGCACUGCGGAGCAGCUUCGCCUCAGGUUUGAUGUUGCUCAGGAAGUGAGACAGCUCACUGUGGAGGAGCCGCAGCUCAGAUGCCA